AUGGAGGAGCAACUCGAAACUUGUGAUAUCUUGAAGUUUACUCCUAACAGUCCAGAAAACUUCACAGAGAUGCGAGUUGUAGUUGAGACGAUUCCUGGUGUUUCUAAUCUGGCCGAUUAUCUUAGUUUGGGCCCUGAUACUUUCACGAUGGCAGGGGUGGUCUGUGCCAAAGGCCAAUGGCAUCUGAACGGAUUUGCCUUAUUUGUGGAACCAAAAUUUUCCAGUAUAAGUAAGAAUAUCGACGAACCUUGGGACUUUUCACGUCACUGUAAUUGUGAUCCAGUUUCGCAAGUAUUUACGUACCAAUUUCAUAGUCCUACAAAUCAACACUUCACACGGGCAAUUGACAGAGAAGACGUGUAUAUAAAUCGUACGAUCGAGGGUGGUACGAGGAAAAAUAUUGUAGAGUCUUGCGAAUUUACUUACACUUGUGCGGGUGACGGCGAUCUCGUGGUUUUCAGCUGGGAAAACGGUCCAAUACCCUUCCCAGGUCAGACUAUUACCGCCAAAUGCCGGAGGCCACCAGUCUCUCACAGUGAUGUCAUGAAACCGUUUGUUACUGAAAAUUACUGGUGGUUUGAUAAUUAUAUGAUUCAACGCCCACAAAUAACUUGUUUUGAAAAAUAG